AUGCAGGCUGCAACAGCGUGCUCGCUGUCUCUGCAGCAGGAGCCCUCGAUUUCCGCCGAGGAGUUGCAGUUGCUGCAGCAGCAGUUGAAUAGCAGCAGCAAGGUGCAGUCGCUGCUGUCUGCAGACGCGAAUGACGAUGUGAAGGCGGAGUGCUGCAACUUGCUGCAGCAGGUGCUGCCUCUGCUGCUGCGGCGGAGCAGCAGCAGCAGGAGCGACUCGCAGCAGCAGCAGCAGCUGCUGCUGCUGCAGCAAGGCAUCCUCAAGCUGCUUGAAGGCGUCUUUAGCAGCACUGCUCAUAAGAAGGGGGCAGUGUCUGCCGAGCAGCAGCUGUUGCUCGCAGCAGCGCAGCACACUCUUGAAAAGAUCGUCGUGGCUGCUGCAGCCUCCGCAGAAGGCGCUACGGCAGCAGACACGCAGCAGCGUUUGCACGCAACGCAGCAGCUGCUGCUGCCGCUGCUGAGUGCAUGCAGCACGCGUGCAGCUCUCCGCGCAGCGUCUCUUAGGGCAUGGUGCCUCUGUUUGCUGCUGGAGCAGCUGCCCAUGGCAGCAGCACCCUCCGUAGCAGCAAAGCUGCAGCUGUCGGAUGCAAAGACACCAGGGCUUGCAGCAGCAGCAGCGCUGUGGCUGGAGGAGGGGGCGUGUUUUGCUGCCGUCAAUCCCAAGCACACGCGGGAGGAGCUGCUGCUGCAGCUCCGGGUGUAUGGACAGCUGCUUGUGCGGCAGCAGCAGCAGCUCCUUGGCGGCUUUCAGCUGACAGCUCCCCAUCCUUGCUGCAGCAAGGACGGGGAGCUGUGCGACGCAGCGUGGCGUGUUGCGUGCAGCGUUGCUGCCGCUGCUGCUGCGCCACACAAACAGCAGCAACCGCAACGCCAGCAAGGCGACUUACAGCCCUCUUUCUACAUGGGCUUGAUGCGCGUGCUCUGUCUGUUGCAACAGUUUCGUGUGUCUCCCGCUGCAGCAGCAACAGUGGAGGGGUCCCCUGCAGCAGUAGGGCAGAGUGCGGGGGUGACACCGGAGGAAAGCUACACUGCUGGCUUGCGUCUCGUGCGGCAAGCAGCAGCAGCAGAUGCCGCAGUCGCAGCGCAACUCGUCCUGUGUUUCUUCCAGCUCCUGUGCGAGCUGUCUGCUGCGCAAGGCGCUGCGUGCACGAAGGCAGGCACGGGUGACUGCGAGCAGCGCAAGGCGGCGCCUCUGCAUGCAGCGCAGGCGGCAGCAAAGGCGGAGUGGACUGCUGCAGUCAGCAGCAGCAUGCUGCAGUCGCUCUUCCAGCAACUGCUGCGGCUGCUAGUCGCCUCAGUACCCCGUAGCGACAGCAGCAGCAGCAGCAAAAGCAGCAGCAGCAGCAGCACAGACGCACUGCUGCCUCCUGCUAGGCCGGGUAUGUUCGCGCUGCUGCUGCUCUGUGCUGCUCACCCCCAAAUGCGCGCACCAGAAAGCAGCGCCUCGCCUCUUUGUAGAUCUGUGCUGCUGCUGCUUUCCAAGCGUACCAGGAGCAGCAGCAGCAGCAGCAGCCUGGUGGACUGGCAGCAGCUGCUGCGGCUGCUGCCGCUUUCUGCUUCCGUAGGCGCGGAUGACGAGGCGGGAUGCGAUUUCAGUGGCGUUGCACGGACGUGCGAUGCACUUGCCGUGGCACUCGGAUGCUUUCUCGAGGAGCAGCAGGAGAGCGUUCAUGUGGAGGAACGGAGGAUGCAGAGAUCCUACGGCAGCAGGAGAUGGCGAGCCGCUCUCAAAGGACUAAGCAGCAGCAGCAUCGACUGCUGCUGCGCGCUCGUGCAGCAGCUGCCUGCAGCCGAGGUAGCUGCAUGCGCGCCAGCCACAGCGGCUAUGUUCUAUGCGCCUAACGACGUGCUGUAUGUUGCGGAGGGUGUGUAUUUGCCGUCUUUGAGCGCGCCAACGGCCGUGUCUGCAGCGCAUCCUAGUGGCAACAACAGCAACAGCAGCAGAAGCAGCAGCAGCAGCAGCAGCAGCAGCACGAGGGGUUCUGCAGCUGCUAGCCGAUCGGCGGCUGCGCCGCAUGCGAAGGGGAGUGGUGCAGCAGUAGCGAAGAGCCAGAAGGGUCUUACACGGGAGCAGCUGCAGCAGGAGGAGCUGAAGCAGCAGCAGCAGAAGCGGAAGCAGCUGCUGCGCAUGCAGCAAAGGUGCAGCAGAGUGCUGCUGCAGCUGGGGAGUCUCUUGGCGGGGGGAGGGCUCUCCGCAGCGGAGAUUCUUCUGUCUUCUCCGAGCGCGGCAGUUGGCGAUGGCGAUGGAGCUCUUGGAGGCAAUGUUGGUCGUGGCUGCGUCGACAGGAGCUCGACAGGAGGUGUGCAGCUCUUGCCCACGCUGCAGUCGAUGCUAGGAUGCAGCAUUACGUGCAGCAGCGCCUUGGGGUGUCUGCGACAGCUGGUGAAGGCUGCAGUGUCUGCGGAGGUGCUGCCCUCUCGAGGACUGCUUGCGGAUGCGUUGCUGCUCGUACAGCUCGACAGAGAAGUUUCUGGAGUAGCCGAGGAGGUGUUGUCGACGGGCAGAGGCGACAAGAAGGCGCUUUCGAAGCCAGCGACGCAGCUGGUGCUGCCUCUGGUGUCUGCAGUGCUGUUACGAGCAGAUGCUGCGGCUGCGCAGGCGUGCAAGCAAGCCCUCCUGCUGCUGCUGCAGCAGCUGCGACUGCAUGCGCGGCUCGAUCCUGCUGCCACCAUGGCGUGUCUCGCUGCAGUGCUGAAGGCGCAUGCAAGCCUUGUUGGGCUGGGAACUGAGGCUUUGUGCCUCGCCGCAGAUCACUUGCUGGAGCAGCAGCAGCUGCAGCAGCUGAUUCUGCUGGCUGCGACUGACAGCUUCCCCACCAGGAGGGCAGUCGCUGCUGCGCUGCAGCGCUUUCCUCUGGAUCGCCUCGGCCAGACUGCUCCUUUGCUCGUGGCGAGUCUGCUGGCUUUGCAGCAAGACAAAGGGGGAGACAUGGAAGUUGCGCGGCUUGCCUCGCAGCUGCUCGAAAGGCUGCCGUCAGACAUAAAGGGAGACUCGCGGCGGCAGCUGGAAGACCUCUCGCAGCUCCUCGCGAGCCCUUCUACGACUUUCACGGAGAUGGCAGCAGAAGCCUUCGCAGCGGCAGUGCAGUCUGAAGGCGGCAGAGCUUCAGCGGUGUCUGCAGCUCUGCAGUUGCUGCUGGAUUUAUUCUCUGGUCGACGCGCGUUGAGAGGUCCCUAUGCCUCGCCAAUACAGCAGCAGCAGCAGCAGCAACAGCAACAACAACAACAAGGCGUCGUGUACAAGAAAAAGGAGUUGGAUGCCACGAGUUUCUUCGGAGGCGCUGCUGCUGCAAAAGGGAAGGGCAGAGGGAAAGCAGCUUCCGCUGCUGCUGCUGCAGCCGAAGAAGAAGGGCCUUCACCGCUGCUGCAGCAGCAGCAGCAGCAGCAGCAGCAGCAGCAGCUGAGGACGGGGUCGGCUUUAGCUCUUCUGCACGGCAUAGCUGCUGCCUUGCGUUGCUGCGCAGAGCGGCGCUUGCUGCAGACGGGGGAGGCGUUGCUGCAGUUGCUGCAGUUUCUGCUGCAGGAUGCACUUGUGUCUCCCGACGUUCUUGCUAAUCCGUUGCUGCAGCAGCAGCUGCUGGCAGCGGGAGUGGCUGCAAUUCGGGGGGCAGAGGGGGAAGAUCUGCGGCGUGAGAUUUUCAAGUGUCUCGACAGCUGCUGCACCCCUGGCGCAGUCGGCGGCAGCGGCGGCGGGGAGGCGGCAGCAGCAGCAGUGCAUGCGGCGCAUGCGUUGUUUUGUGGAUCUCUGGCUGAAAAGAUGCAGACAGGAGACUCCUUGAUCCCCCUGAUUGUGCAGCGUCUCGAAGCCUCCUUGAUGUCUCCGAGCGCGCCUUCUGCGGAGGUGCAGCGGCUGCUCUCUCGCCCUCUGACUCCCCUGAUCAAGCUGCUGGCGGCUUCCGAGAGCAGCGCCUCCCCGUCUGCUGCGCAGUCGCAGGAGAACCCUCCGCAGACUGCCGCUGCUGAGGAGACGGCGGGAGAGCCGCGGCAGCAGAGCGCCUCGCGCCAGCUGGUGGAGCGCUGUCUAGCGGCAUCCCUGAAAGCUGCCGAUUUGCCAGUGCGACGGGGAGGAGCCUUGGGGCUUGCAGCAUGCAUCAAGGGUUUGGGAGUGAUUUCUCUGCGGCGAGAGGAUGUGUUGGCGCGUUUGCAGGCGGCUUUGUCUGCAAAGGAUAGCGUUGGUCGUCAGGGAGCCUUGCUGUGUGUCGAGGCGCUCAGCGAGUGUCUGGGGAGACUCUUCGAGCCUUACACGCUGCACAUCCUGGGGCUGUUGCUGUCGUGUUUGUCGGAUGCCUCGCUGCCAGUGAGAGCGGCUGGGCAGAUGGCUGCUCGGCAGCUCAUGAAGCACUUGAGCAGUCACGGCAUUCGUCUGGUGCUGCCUACCCUCACGGAGAAGCUGCAGGAUCCUCACUGGCGAGUGAAGGUCGGCAGCAUCGAGUUGCUGGCUGCGAUGGCGCACUGCGCUCCCAAGCAGCUCGGCAGCUGCGUCAACAAGGUGGUGCCUCUGCUGACUGAUGCCGCUAGCGACGCGUGCUGCAUGCAGCAGGUUCGCGGAGCAGCGGUUCAAGCGCUGUACGCCAUUGGAGCGGCUGUCGAGGCUCCCGAGCUGCAAAGCGUCGUGCCGCUGCUGGUGACAGCCCUAGCAGACCCCUCCGCAGACACCACGCGGGAGGCGCUCGACGGCUUGCUAGCCGUCGAGUGCUCCAGCUUCUCGGAUGCAGCUGCGCUCUCGCUCUGCGUUCCCGUGCUGACGCGCGGUAUGAACGAGCGCAGCACGGAGCUGAAGCGCAAGGCUGCAGAUCUCAUCGGCUCGCUAGGUCUCCUCUGCUGCCACGCCCAACAGCAGAAGAGCCACAAUGCGAAUCACAACGCCGCGCUGCUUCCGUAUCUGCCUCAGCUGCUGCCCCCUCUGCGCCAGGCACUGGGCGACCCCAUCCCAGCUGUACGAACAGCAGCGGCGAGGGCUUGCGGAGCGAUUGCGCGCAGCGUCGAGGAGUCUGAGCUGGCGGAGCUGCUUCGCUGGCUCCUAGACACGCUCGCGAAGAGCGAGAGCAGCGUCGAACGCAGCGGAGCAGCGAACGGGCUCGCCGAGCUGCUCGUCGCGUGGGGUAGUGCGCGGCUGCAGCAGCUGCUGCCGCAGCUGCUGCAGCAAGCCGCGGAUGUGCAUGCACCCGCCGGAUCUCGCGAAGGCUUUCUAGGGCUCUUCGUCUUCCUGCCGAUCGCCUUCGGCAAGGCGUUUCAGGAUUUCGUGCCUGACGUCAUGCCCGUCGUGCUCUCCGGCUUGUCUGCAGAGCAGGAGGCAGUUCGCGAGGUGGCUCUGCGAGCAGCAGAAGUCAUCGUCUUGCAGUUCGCAGCUACCCACACUGCGCUGCUCCUGCGCCCUCUCGAGGACGGACUGUACGCUGCGGACUGGCGCAUUCGAUGCAGCAGCACGCAGCUGCUUGGCUUGCUGCUGCAGCGGCUGCUGCAAGGCUUCGAGGACGAAGGUGCUUCCGAAGAAGCCACGACGACCAUGCACAACGAAAUCCUCUCGAUCGAGCGCAGAAGCUUCAUUCUCGCCUCCUUGUUCUGCGUGCGAAGCGACGAUAAUCCUGCCGUCCGACAAACCGCUGCUAGCGCCUGGAAGAGGGUCGUUGCGAACACCCCCAAGACACUCAAAGAGAUCCUCCCCAUCCUCACGCGAAGGCUCAUCACGAACCUCGCUGUACCCGCUGCCCUCAAACAGCAACAACAAAAACAAAGAGCCGCUGCGCGCUGCAUCGGAGCCUUGGCUCAAAAAAUGGGAGAUGAAGUCUUGCCACAACUGCUACCCCACCUAGAACAAUCCGCGUGUGCGACGGAUCCAUCGAUUCGUCGAGGUGUAUGCUUAGGGUUGAUGGAGAUUUUUCGGAGUGGAAGUCGCUCUGCACUUGCGUCGAAUGUCGACACGCUGCUUGCGCUGUUGAGACGCGCCUUGCAAGACACAGACAGCUCUGUGCAGCAGGCUGCUGCCUCCGCUGCCGCUGUGUGUCUGGACGUCUUGGCAGGGGAAGCCUCAGGAAAGCUUAUUCCCCCGCUGCUGCAGCAGCUGCUUCGACCGCCACAACUCUCGCGAAAAGACGCAUCCGCAGGCAGUGCUGCUGCAGGAAAAGCUGCACUUUUGCAAGCUAUUGAACUGCUGCUGCGGGAGCAGCCGCAGGCAGUUUUACCUCAAGUGCUGCAACAGGCAGCGAUUCCGCAGCAAGACGGUGCAACAGCUUCUCUUCUCGGCGCUGUCGCUGCUGUCGAUCCUCCCCGACUUGCGCGCAGCAUCCCAAGGAUUUUCGCUGCGCUUCUUGCUGGGCUAUGCCAAACAGGAGGCGUUGAGGAUGAUGGCUUUGUUGCCGAGCAGUGCCUACGUUCAGCACUGCGCUUAGUUCAACGCAUGGAUGGUGAAGGGUUAGAUGUGCUAUUCGAGAUGCUGCAGCAGCAGAUGAAGGCAGCAGCACCCGUCUGCGAAGUGUCUGCAUCUGGCCGCUUGCAGCUGUUGCAGCAAAAAUCUGCCGCUGAUCUUGCUGCUGCUGCUGCUUCUGCUCGGCAGCGCACUCCAGCAAGCAUCAACGGAUCUGCCACUGCCACUGCUGCUGCUGUACGUACACCUGACGACCCACUUACACCGGACCUUUUCCUCGAGCCACAGCAGCUGCGCUGCAACAAGACUUUUAUGUCUUUUUCCGAGACUUCAGCAGCCAAUCCAAGGAAGCGAGAACAGCAGCAGCAGCAGCAGCAGCAGCACGAGCUUUCUUUUGCAGUGCUGUCUUCAUGA